AGGUGAGGUGCGUGCAAUUUAUAACCCACCCUCAUUACAAAAACCUAAUAAAUACCGAGAAUUUGGCUUAACAAAGUUCUGAAAUCUUCCGCAACCAAACCAUAAACCCUUCAACUCGAAACAAAAAAAAUCAACAAGAAAUCGUAGAAAGUAGUAUAAAGCAUUGUCACUAGAACUGAUUCAAUAACAAUGGCCUUAGCAAGGAUUGCUAGGAGCAACCUGAGAAGAUCAGGUGUAGCUUUCGGAAGUAAUGCUAAUGCAUACGAGAGGGAUAUGUUCAAUGAGAGAACAUACACAACCAAAUGCUCCCUACCUUCUAGUGUAGAUGGAAAUUUUUCGUAUAUUUCAAGAAUUAAGGAACAGAACUACAUGAAUACUUCGAUGAGAGGAAUAGCAGGAACUCCAUCCUAUCAGUUUCCUAACACACAGAGAGUUAUAGAUGAAUCUGAGUCAGAGUUGGAAGACGAUCCAACAAGAUAUGCAGGACUAGAGGCAACAAAACCAGGUGAAAAGCCUAGGGUGGUUGUUCUUGGUACUGGUUGGGCUGCUUGUCGGUUUCUUAAAGGGAUAGACACCAAAAUUUAUGAUGUUGUGUGCAUAUCACCAAGGAAUCAUAUGGUUUUCACUCCUUUGUUGGCUUCAACAUGUGUUGGUACUCUUGAAUUCAGGUCUGUUGCUGAGCCUGUUGGUAGAAUACAGGAUGCACUUGCAAGGGAUCCCAACUCAUAUUUCUUUCUAGCUUCUUGCAAUGGAGUUGACACAAACAAACAUGAAGUUUACUGUGAGGCAGUUACCAAUGGUGGAUUAUCUAAAGAGCCUUAUCAGUUUAAAGUAGCAUAUGACAAGCUUGUAAUUGCAGCUGGAGCUGAGCCUUUAACUUUUGGUAUCAAGGGAGUAAAGGAACAUGCUUUUUUUCUUCGUGAAGUGUAUCAUGCUCAAGAAAUAAGGAAGAGACUUCUGCUUAAUCUCAUGCUUUCUGAAAAUCCAGGUAUAUCAGAAGAAGAAAAGAAACGUCUUCUGCAUUGUGUAGUUAUUGGAGGUGGUCCUACAGGAGUGGAAUUUAGUGGUGAAUUGAGUGAUUUCAUCACGAGAGAUGUUCGUGAUCGCUAUACUCACGUUAAAGAUUACAUCCACGUCACACUCAUUGAGGCAAAUGAGAUACUGUCAUCUUUUGAUGUUAGCCUACGACAAUAUGCAACCAAGCACUUAACUAAGUCUGGAGUUCGUCUUAUGCGGGGUGUUGUGAAGGAAGUACAUCCUAAAAAGAUAAUUUUGAGUGAUGGAACUGAAGUUCCUUAUGGUCUCUUGGUCUGGUCUACAGGGGUUGGCCCCUCUGAGUUUGUUAAAAAACUGAAUCUUCCCAACUCUCCAGGUGGAAGAAUUGGUGUUGAUGGUUGGAUGCGUGUUCCCUCUGUUGAAGACGUCUUUGCCCUUGGCGACUGUGCUGGUUUUCUUGAACAAACUGGAAGGCCAGUGCUUCCAGCUCUAGCUCAGGUUGCUGAAAGACAAGGGAAGUUCCUUACGGAGUUGUUCAACAAAAUCGGUAAACAGAAUGGAGGAAAGGCUAUGUCUGCAAAUGACAUACAAUUUGGUGAGCCUUUUGUGUAUAAACAUCUCGGGAGCAUGGCAUCAGUCGGUGCCUAUAAGGCACUUGUUGAUCUACGACAAUCCAAGGAUGCAAAGGGACUGUCACUUGCUGGUUUUGUUAGCUGGCUGAUAUGGCGCUCUGCAUAUCUUACGCGUGUGCUGAGCUGGAGGAACAGGUUUUACGUGGCAGUAAACUGGGGAACAACUUUAGUCUUUGGCAGAGACAACAGCAGGAUAUAGGUUGAAUUUUAGCUGAAGCAUUGUAGCAACAAAACCAAUACAUUUUUUUGACUCUAUUUUGGUUGAGUGGUCAACCUAUGUAUUCUUUUCUUCUUUCAAUUUAGUGUAAAACUUAUAUCACAUCAUAAUAUAAAAAUGUUGGAUCGCACAAAUAUGAAAUUUUAUGAGAACUUGUUCUUCAUAUUUUCUGGAUUCAUUGUAAAAGAAAAAUAAAAGGGUAAAGCAAGAAGCCAUGUGAUUCAAGGUGUUUUGUUUA